AGCUGCAAUCGAGUUGUCAGUUCCUUCAGGGUUGCAAUUUUGUGGAGGCAUUGCUUUCACCGCGUAUCUACGGGAAACACGUUUCUUUUGUUGUUCCAAGUCAACAUCGUCAACAUAUUCAUCGUUUGAAUAUUGAUCAAAACGCUAAAUAAAAUUCAAUCUAGCUCUUAUUUUUAUAUACGGACUUAAAUUGAAUUGAAUUAAAUAAUUGUACGCCCAUUUGGUGAAAUUGCGUAAUCUGCUUGGAGCCUUACAUUUGUAUUGGUGCCAAGAGUAUUAUUGCCUGUAACAGAGAGAGACAACCAUUGGAUUUGCUGUUUGGCAGCGUUGCCAGAUAGUCUUUUGUUUUCAACCACGCAAAAAUGCCGCGAAUAGUGCCGUUACAGUUGUUAAAGUGCCUACGGGUGCUUUUAGACACGAACGGUGGCAUUCUUAGUCCAACGGAAGUAAAGCGUAUUGCAGGGUUAAUGACGAAAUAUUCAAAAAAGCUGGUCUCUAAGUGCGUUUACGUGCAGAUAUUGAAAUCAACCAAAACUGAACUACUGGGUGACUUCAUGUCUGUUGGGGGCUGGGCAUUAGUAUGUACUUGGCUUAGUGAUGCUAUACGUACUAUGAACUGGCCUUUGGUGCAAGAGAUCUUGGAGUUGUUGCUGCUUUCGCCAGUAGAUGUCAACAGACUAAAAGUUAACUCGGCUCCUGUCCUUGUUAAGGGUCUCUGCAAAGAUGGUGGCAAUGAAGGUGUUAGAAUACUCGCAAAGCGACUGGUUGAACAGUGGCUAAAGAUAGUGACAGAGAAUCCAAAUGGCACACCCACUAACUCGCCCGUGGCUAUAGGGGACCAGCAGUCACCAAAGAAGAAGGAACGAAAGGCGGCGGCUGCGAAUAUGGGAAGCAGCUCCUCGGACAGCACCGACAGUGGCGAUGGCACGUCAGAUAAUCAAAACUAUAUGAUUACAUCACAUGAGCGCAAAGAGAACUUAGUUAUAACUAUCAAAACUGUUGACAAAUCUAAAUCUGCGCGAAUGCCUGCAGAUAGAGAAAAUAACGAUGACGAUAGUUCUUUCACAGGCGAUGAUUGCAGUAGAGAGGCUGAUCAAGACAGCUUAGAUAGUUCAGAAAGAUCUAUGUUAGAUAGUAGUACAACAGAAUCCAAAGCUGGUGACGAUUUAGAUAAAAAUUAUAAAAGCGCGCGCGAUAAAAAUAAGCGAUCAGAAAAAGAUCGUGAUAAGGAUAGGAAAUCGUCCAGCAGUCACAGGUCGUCCUCAUCUAGCCAUAAGUCAUCUUCAUCCUCCUCCUCAUACAAGAGCUCGUCGUCGUCAUCGUCAUCAAAAAGUUCGUCUUCGUCUCAUCGUAGCUCUAGCGAUAAGCAUCGAGACAAGACACGCUCAAGUUCUAGCUCGAGCUCAUCGAAAGAUAAGGACCGCAAAGAAGGCAGUACUAGUUCAUCAAAUAAACAUAAAUCAUCGAGAUCGUCGUCUACAUCAAGCUCAUCCAAAGAGCGCAGCCGCUCUUCCACUACGUCGUCCUCAACAUUAAAAGACAAAGAUAAUAAGCUAAUGCCCCCACCAACAGCGUCGCCUGCUGCAUUAGAUAAAAAGUCCAAGGAGGGCGAUAGCGAGUUGCAAAAGCCCAAAUCGAUAUCCAUUCCAUCUAGAAAGGCGUCGAUAUCGAUUGAAAUACGCCGUGAUACAGAGAAAGCGGCGACUGUUAAAACCUAUCAAUCAAAAUUUCGCUCACAUGGUCUAACUGAAGAGGCACCACCCCCACCCUCGCGCAAGGGUCUAAAGAAGCCGACGUCUACGUCUAUCCCAGCAACUACUCCCACGUUGCUGCCGUCGGGUUCUCUGAAGCGAUCAUCACCACCGCCACGGGAUAUUGCGUCUGCCGAGAAAAAGGCCAAGAUUGAUAUCAACAACGUGAGCGGGCAUGUGGAAAGGCCUGGAGCUGCUAAGCUAAUAGCCCCCAAGAAAAUUUGUACGCUGGUUGAGACAAAUCUAUUCUCUGAUGCCCUUAUCGCUUCAAUGCAACCUAAAAAGGUGGUAAAGCGUAAGAAGACUGCUGGUUCGCCUACAGAUAAGGAUGCGCCCUUGCAACCGCUCAAGUUCUAUCAGGAUACCUUAGAUGAGUCGAAGGGCGAGGACAAGUCUGAUGAUAGCACCAAGGAGAAUGACGAAAGCGGUGCUGGCUCGCCUGGCAAAAACAGCGAUGGCGAGGAUGAUGACAUACCUCUAAAGAAGGUUAAGGAAGACAUUGAGCAAAAGGUGCAAAAGGAGAAGGCGGGCGAAAAUGCAGAGCGUGCUGCCACUCCUGAAGAGGACGAUACACCCGAGGAGCCCAAGAAGCCGGGGCCUGGCUGCGGUCCAGAUGGUCCACCCGGCGUGCUUACUUUGCAUCGGCGCAAGGGGCCAAAGAAGAAGUUGACCUGGCAGACGGAGGAUAAGCUGACGCAGGUGCGAUUCUUUGAGGUGGAUCGCACGGAGCGCGUUAAUGUCACCAAGCAGAGCUUCCUCGAGAUGAAGAAUUUGGAACGUUAUAGCGAACGCGAUGCAUUAAAUAUAUCGCGACGGGGCUUUGAUGACACAAUGGAGGCGCAAAUUGAGUGGCGCCCACUGGUAGAGGUGGACAAUGUGCCCGAUCAUCCUAACGGUAGCAUGUCAAAGCAGCGCUAUGUGCAAGCGGAUCGUGAAGCUACCACGCUGCGUGCCUUAUAUUUCUCAGUUGAGAUGAUACCCCCUUGCCCUGUUGAGGCGGAGAUAGAGCCACACUAUUCGUAUGAUAUACCCAUUAUACCGUUUGAUGAUCUCACAGGCAAUCCGGAUGCAACUAAUGACUAUAGCGCACAGCCUUGGCCAGAGCCGAAGGGCUUUGCUGACAAUACCAACGAAAUGAAUACAUUCAAUGAUAGUAAUAUGAAUAAUAUGAUGCCGCCUGGAAUAAAUCCCAAUAUGCUGCCACCCAAUCAUUUCCAGCCAUUUGGCCCUAAUUUUAUGCCCAACACAAACAACAUGCCACCAAAUCCUCAACAACAGAUGUCCAUGAAUAUGCAACAACCGGGACCACCACCCAUUUGGCAAAACCAAAUGCCGGGCAACCCUAUGAUGAAUCCUAUGAAUGUGCCGCCUGUCGGCAUGGAUAUGAACAAUGUGGGCGGCGUCGGCAUGCCGCCCAAUUUUAUGGGCAAUCAGUUUGGCAGUCCGGGUCCUUUCGGCGGUCCACCUGGCUUUAACAAUAUGAACUAUCCACCCAUGAUGAUGAACGGACCGGGUCCAAACGGUCCCAUGAUGAAUGGACCCAAUGGGCCUAUGCCCAAUGGGCCAAUGGGCCCCAUGGGCAAUGGCGGUCCGCGUAAUAACAACAAUCGCAAGAACAAUGUUGGCGGCAAUUGGCGCACCGGCGGCAACAAUUUCCAGGAAAAUUCUGGUGGCAAUUGGCGUUCAGCGGGCACUGGCUCCAAUCGCGGCGGCGGAGGCGGAGGCGGAGGCGGUAACACAGGCAUUUGCAAAGCGUUUAUGCGUGGUCAUUGCCACAUGGGCAAGGCCUGCAAGUAUGUGCAUCCCCAAAAGAAACGCAUAUAGGAUUCGCUUGAAUCUUCUGAGGAAGAUUCAAAAUCGUAGAUCUCGCACCCUCUACCCAAAUACCUAAGUCCCACUACCCCCCCCAAACAAUGCCAAUGAAGACUGUAGCCCGCUCAUUAGCGCCGGCGCCUAUGCACUUGUAAAUAUAAACCUAAAAUAUUAUUUAGCCAUUAAGUAUUAAGUUGUGGUGUACUUACUAACUUGAUCGUAUGUAUACAAUAGGGGGUUCAGUUCGAAUUUGGUACACACUGCAAAUAGGGAUAUUUAAUGAUUAAGGCUAGCGAUAAAGACCAAGUCAUGUAUGA